CUUGUGUUUGUGAGAUCCAGCUUUUCUCUACUUUUCUCAGUGUGGCUCACAUCUCCUGCGAUUUGGGCCUUGGCGAAGAGUCUUAAGUAAAUUCUGCACUGGAUGGGAUAUGUGCAGUGCAAAGAGGCCUUGCUGGUGGAUUAAAAUCAUAGUCUCAAAUUCCUGCUGUGAUUUCUCUUCAUUUUCUGGCAUGAAAGGAAGUUGAGAGAAAGAGGAAGAAAUGGCAGUUUCUCAGUGCUCAGUGACUCAUGAAGAUGUAACUGUGAUAUUCAGUCAAGAGGAGUGGGCACUAUUAAAUCCUUCAGAGAAGAAACUCUACAGAGAUGUGAUGUGGGAAACCUUUAUGAACUUUGUCUCAAUAGAAAAAUUGCAAGGGGACCAUUCUACAAAAGAGCAGCACAACCAGCAAGGAAGUAAACAAAGUAAUAUAGUCAAUAUCACUGAAGCCAAAGAAAGAAGUCAAAAUGGUCAAAAACAUCAAGAAUGUGAAUUAAAUAACCACGUAUUCACUUAUUCUUGUCAUCUUCAAAAACAGAAAAGAAUUCACAUUGGAGAGAAAUCUUAUGAAUGUAAACAAUGUAGCAAAAUAUUCAGUUGUUCCAAAUAUCUUUGGAAGCAUGAAAGAAUUCACAGUGCAGAGAAACGCUAUGAAUGUAAACAAUGCAGUGAAACAUUCAGUUCUUCUAGUCAUCCUCAAGAACAUGAAAGAAGUCACAGUGGUGAGAAACCAUAUGAAUGUAAAAAAUGUAGUAAAAAAUUCAGUUGUUCCAGUGAUCUUUGGACACAUGAAACAACCCACAGUGGAGAGGAACCCUAUGAAUGUAAACAUUGUAGUAAAACAUUCUGUUUUUUUAGUCAACUUCAAAGGCAUGAAAGAACACACAGUGGAGAGAAACCCUAUGGAUGUAAACAAUGUAGUAAAACAUUCAUUCAAUCCAAUCAUCUUCAACAACAUGAAAGAACUCACAGUGGAGAGAAACCCUAUGGAUGUAAACAGUGUAGUAAAACAUUCAGUUCUUCCAGUUCUCUUCGGAGGCAUGAAAGAACUCACAGUGGAGAGAAACCCUAUGGAUGUAAACAGUGUAGUAAAACAUUCCUUUCUUCUAGUAAUCUUCAAAGACAUGAAAGAACUCACAGUGGAGUGAAACCCUAUGGAUGUAAACAGUGUAGUAAAACAUUCCGUUCUUCUACUCAUCUUCGAACACAUGAAAGAACUCACAGCGGAGAGAAACCCUAUGAAUGUAAACAAUGUAGUAAAACAUUCAGGCAAUUCAAUGCUCUUCAGGAACAUGAACGAACUCACAGUGGAGAGAAACCAUAUAAAUGUACGCAAUGUAAUAAAACAUUCAUAUACUCCAGUACUUUUAGGACACAUGAAAGAUCUCACAGUGGAGAGAAACCCUAUGAAUGUAAACAGUGUACUAAAACAUUCGGUUCUUCCAGUUCUCUCCGACAGCAUGAAAUAACUCAUAGUGAAGAGAAACCCUAUGAAUGUAAACAAUGUCAUAAAGCAUUCAAACUUUCCAGUUCUCUUAGGAAACAUGAAAGAAUUCACAGUGGUGAGAAGCCCUAUGAAUGUAAACAAUGUCAUAAAACAUUCAGUCAGUCCAGUCUUCUUCGGAGACAUGAAAGAAUUCACAGUGGUGAGAAACCUUAUGAAUGUAAGCAAUGUAAUAAAACAUUCAGACAGCUAUCUAAUCUUCAGACACAUGAAAGAAUUCACAGUGGAGAAAAACCCUAUAAAUGUAAAGAACAUAGUACAACAUUUAGGUAUCCCAGUCAUCUUUAGGAGCAUGAAAGAUCUUACAGUGGAGAGAAACCAUAUAAACGUACACAGUGUAAUAAAACAUUCAGAUAAUGCAGUCCUUUUAGGACAGGUGAAAGAUCUCACAGUGGAGAGAAAUCUUAUGAAUGUACACAAUAUAGUAAAACAUUCAGUUGUUCCAGUUAUCGAACACAUGAAAGAACUCAGAGUAGAGAGAAACCCUAUGAAUGUGAACAAAGUACUAAAACCCCAGAAUAUCCCUCUACUCUUCAGGUGUAUGAAAGAAGUCACACUAGAGAGAAACCCUACGAAAGUAAACAAUACAGUAAAGCUUUCCAUUAUUUCACAAGCAUAUGAAAAUAGGCACCAUGUCAAUAAGACUCAAUUUGGUAAUCUUUGAACAAAUGAAAUUGCUGACAGUGGAGAGAAAUUUUAAUGAAAUUUUAAAUGAUUAGAGAUCACAGUUUGAAAUACACAAGUGAACACAUAUUUGUGAGUAUUAUAUGAAGUAAGGAAUUUAAAUAACCAUUUUAAUUCUAAUACUUUGAGAAGUCCACUUAGUACAGAAAAUUUAUUAACUAUGAAUAAUGAUUCUCAGGAUGAUGUUUUUCACACAUCAGAAUGUACUAACAUUAGAAAAAAGAUCUUGUCCAUGUAGACAUUAUAGAAAUACAUUAUACAACUACUAAAUAACUCAUACUGGAGAGAAACUUACUGAAUAUAAAUCAGUUGAAUAGCAAUAGGUACUUUGUGAACCUUUAUGUUUUUUGCAUGAAUUGUGUCUGUCUUGUGGAAAAGUACUUUUGUUCUUUAAGUUUGAUUCUCAGGUGACAAGCAGUGAAGCAGGACUUCAGAUGUCUCUGCCCUCUUUCCUCUGAAUUUGUCUCUACCUAUCAAAGUAAAUAAAAUUAAAAAAAAUUAA